AUGCACUCACAUGGCGCGGAAACCCUAGUAGAAAAUGCCAACAGAGUCUACUACGCCAACCUCUAUGCCAAGGAUCAUAGACACAAGACAUUCCAUGGCUUACACCACCAGGCCUCACACGACGGCCAGCAACUGCUGGGCAAAGAGCCAUGGUGGAAGGCCGGUGUAUUUUAUCAAGUAUACCCUGCCUCCUUCAAAGAUAGCAAUGGCGAUGGUUGGGGAGACAUUCCUGGUCUCAUAUCCAAGCUCAACUACUUAGCCGACCUUGGAGUAGACUGCGUGUGGCUGUCGCCGGUUUUCGACAGCCCCCAACAAGAUAUGGGAUAUGAUGUUCGAGACUAUCAAAGUAUAUACGCACCAUACGGAACCGUCGAAGAUGUAGAUACUUUGACUUCGGAAUGCCACAAGCGUGGGAUGAAACUUAUACUUGACCUUGUGGUUAACCAUACCAGUAUUGAGCACAUCUGGUUCCGAGAAUCACGGUCUAGCCGGACAAACUCCAAGCGUAAUUGGUACAUCUGGAAGCCUCCUCGAUACAACGAAAAAGGCGAGCGCAUCCCCCCUACUAAUUGGCGCGGUUACUUCGCCUGUCCGACCUGGACUUGGGACGAGGCUACCCAGGAGUACUAUCUCCACCUCUAUGCGCCCGAUCAGCCCGAUCUGAAUUGGGAAAACAAAGAGUGUCGUGAGGCCAUCUACGAAGACACGAUGCGGUUCUGGCUUGACCGCGGCGUCGACGGCUUUCGCAUCGACACAGUCAACAAGUAUAGCAAGCGGACCGAGUAUGUCGAUGUACCCGUGACGGACCCUCGAUGGGAGUCCCAGCCCGCGCCAGAAAUGUGGUGCAACGGCCCGCGAAUACACGAGUUUAUCCGCGAGAUGACAGCCCAGGCCCUCGCCCCCUACGGUGCCGUCAGUGUCGGCGAGCUGUCCAACAUGGCCGGGCCGACCGAUGUGCUCCCCUAUGUCAGCGCCGCCCGCCGCGAGCUCGACAUGGUCUUUGAGUUCAGCAUGAUCCGCCUUGGCACCGGCGGCGGCUUCGGUCCCAAAUACAUAUACCGACCGUACACAUUGCCAACACUGAAGGAGCACGUGGCCCGGUUCCAGACCUUCAUCGAGGGCACCGACGGCUGGACGACGGUAUUCUGCGAGAACCACGAUAACGGGCGUGCCGUUUCGCGGUUCGGUGACGCCAGCAGCCCCGGGCUGUGGGCCCGAAGCUCACGCGUUCUUGCCCUGUGGCAGGCCACGUUGACGGGUACGCUGUUCCUGUAUCAGGGCCAGGAGAUCGGCAUGGUCAACAUGCCCGAGACGUGGGGCAUUGAAGAUUACAAAGACGUAGAGAGCCGUAGCUUCUAUGAAGAUGCCUUACAGAGCGGCAGCACCGAGUUGAGGGACCAGACUAUGGACGGACUCAGAAUCUUGGCGCGCGACCACUCGCGGAUCCCGUUCCAGUGGGACGGUAAUUCCAAGCAUGCUGGAUUCAGUGAUGCUGACGAGACCUGGAUGCGAGUCCACGACAGGUACAAGGAUAUCAAUGUCGCAAGGCAGACAGGAGAUCCAGGAAGCGCGUUGGAGUUCUGGAGGCACAUAUUGAAACUAAGGAAGCAUUUCGCGGAUUUGUUCGUGUAUGGCUCAUUUCGGUCGCGGGAAGAUGCAGACUUGAACCGGUAUGUCUACAUUAAGGAAAGUAGCAUCGACAUUCGGGGCAGAGCAGGGGUGAAGAGGAAAGCAUUGGUGAUCAUGAACUGGUCUAAAGAUACCCAAAGCUGCGUGGACGUUCGAGCCGCGUUGGGUUGUCAGGAGCAUGAAGUGCAUCUGCUUAUUACAUCACUAGAUGGUAUUCAGACGAAUGGUGUCGAGACGCAAACGGCUUUGGGGCCUUGGGAAGGGAGGGUCUAUAUCAAUUUCCAGCCUCGGAUAUGA